CAAAAAGCAUCACACCACGUUAGUGUGGAUAUGCUGUAGUACUUGGCAAGACCUGCAAACACACUUUAAAGUUUAAAAACGGUCAAGUUACCCUUUAACUGGUACAGUUUCAUGUGUAAGACCCGGCGGCGUGAAUCUGAUCCCAGGUCGGCCUUCUCCGCCUGCUAACACGCGGUGACCACGUGUCUGUCAGUCCGGCCUGCCAGCGGACCAUGUGGAGCAGCAAGAUGGCGGCGCGCUGGAGGAGGAAAGACGGGGAUUUAAAUGCCGGCAGUAGCGACCUUCUGACCAGCAACACUCCCCAUGAGUUGCUCCUGAGUCAAAGUGAUGUGGAGAUGGACACACAAUCCUGCAUGGAUCACUCAAUCCUGGCCAUUUUUGAGGACUCCACUGUUGCAUCAGAGGAUAAGAAUGGAGCAGAGGAAGAAAGUGCAACCCUUCUGUCGGCCCUGACUGAGAUGCUGGACAGCGUGGAGGAUGUUGACGGGACUCUGUCUCCCUUUGACACUCUGCCUGACACUCAACUCCUCACCCACCCAGAGCGCAGGGAUAACAUAGUGGAACAGUCACUUGCCGAAAGACUGAGGCCAAGAUCCAAAUCACCAAACAUAACAUUCACAAUUAAGAUUGAUGGUGAAAAGGAAGAUGAGAGCAAAUUAGAGAAAAACAGCCCUUCACAGCUGCUUAAACAGCAAAAUCAAACACUGUUGCAGUUCAGAAAUAGGAAACCAGAGGCUGACGUGGAAGUCUUUACCUCAACUUCUCUCAUCAACCUGGUGAAGGUCAUGCACUCCUACAGUCUGAAGCUGCAUGUGGAAGAGGAUGGGGAUAAGCUGAUUAGGGACACAUUAUUCUCUCAGGAAGAGGUGUGGAAGUAUGAGAGACCCACUGAAGAGAGCGAUGAAGAGAUAAAUGUUGUGUCUGAUGAUGAGGUAACAAAGGAGGAAGAAAAAGGAGAUGAAGAACGUAAUAAUGACAAACUCUUGAAGAGCGCAUUGCUGAAUGGAAACUCAUCUAGAGCUCAACCAUCCAGAGAGAAGAAGAGGGUGAGCUUUGGCCCCGUUCAAGUGCUUCCCUUUGAUGAAUCAGUGGAAAAGGGAAUGAACGAGAAAAACCUAACAACAGUGCUCACAAGUGAAAGGUUGUUGGCUCCACUGAACAGCACAAAAGCACUUGAAAAUCCAGCUAGCUCAGCACUUGAACCCCAAACAGAAUCCUCAGAAGUGAAUUGUAACAAAGCUGGAGUUCUGCUGCCUAAAGGUGAGACAAAGGCCAAAUCACUCAGCCUCCAACAAUACAGACAGCUGCGCCAAAAGAGACAGCCCCUGGUGGAGAAACCGGGAAACUACACCACCAAGUGGCCCUCUGUUUCUGAGGCCCCCAAGGAACUGACCCCCAUCCUCUGUUUACAGGGGCAAAGACAAAAUGGCUGUGGACCAAAAACAACACAACUUUAUCCAGAUGGUAAGAGAAGUGGGGCUGAUCAGCUCCAUAGAUCUCAAACCCCAACUCCUCCAUCCAGGCCUCACCCCUCAGAGGCCAAACUAUCCACUCCUCUACGUUGCAGUGGAUUAAAGCGCCCACGAACUGAAUCCAAAACCAUCUCCCCCGCUAGUCCACUGCCAGCAGUCACAGCUAACCCAAAUGUUGUUGCGCCUGAAAGCAAAAAAAGUCCAGUAAAGAAACCAUCACUGCUCAGUAGUGAUCCCCCAAAUCCUGUCCUCCUCCCCCUGCCAGUUAGCCGGACGACCUCACCAUCCACUGACCAAUCCUCAUCAGAGACCAAAGUGGAAUUCCUCAACAGACAUUCUGACCUCGACAGCACCAGGCACUUUCAGGAAAUCCAAAAUAAGUCCUCAGGCACAUCUCUUCAUCAACAGCCAUCCUCAUUAGUGCCGGACCCCGAGGUGUUAAAACCUCAGGACUGCACCAUCCAGUUACAGGAAAUUAAAAACAAGCUCGCAGAGAUAGCUUCAGGUGCCUCCACUUUAUCUCCAACCAAAGUCAAACUUUUGGUGAGGCCUCAAAAAUGCAGUCCGAACUUGAUGAAAGAAACCAAGCCGGAACCAAAGACUGUGUCAUGUAGUAAAGUGGAUGCUCACACACCAGUAAAGGAAACAUUGCCAGAGGUUUCCCCCAGUAAAUCCACACCAGAGGAACCACUGCCAACUCUUCACUUCGGCUGUAUCAAGCAGACUACAACCGCUGACUCAGGAAUUGAAGCCCCUGACCUGACCAGCCUGCUGGAACAGUUUGAGGAAACACAAGCUAAAGAGGAGCGAGUUGAGCCCCAAGUGGAACAGUUUGAAAUGUUAAGCACUUCCGACUCACCUAGGACCCCAGAAACCCUCAGGAAUUUACCUCCUCCUCAAAUGUCACAGGGAGUGGACAUCCCAGAGCCCCUCGGCACUGAAAUCAUCCUCAGCACUCAACAAGAUCUACCAACAAAGCGCAGAAAUCCUCCAUCUAAGGCCAUUCAAAUAAUCGACCCCCGCCCUCUACCAUCCAAGAGGACACACAGUAGCCUCCCAGAGUUCCCUGCUGCUCUCCCCUCACCCCACAUUUAUGCAUCUAUAUCCUCCGAUCAUGAUUACUGCGGACCUGUAGACCGUUCACCUACAAACUUAACUCAGCACAGCAGAGCCUCUAAACUAAAGGAUAUUAGUCAAACUGCUGAUGAAUCGCAGGUGAACAGCCAUAACUCAAGUACUGCUGCUGAGUGCAAACAACAGACCUCCACAGGUGAAGUUAAAACCACCAUCAUCAGUGCUGUUAAUAACUCUACAACGUCUGUAACGCGGCAGCUCUCUGAUGAUACAAGGACCAGGCUGGAGACCACCCUGUCCACAGACAAUGUUCUGUCGCUCUCAGGCAGCUCUGCCACACAUCAAGACAGUGGUUGUGCAACUGAAGACAAGACAGCUGCUUGCACCCUCCCUACACCUCCACCCAGCCCUCCUGUCAGAGGGAGGGACAAAAGACGGUUUCGGAGAAGAUCUCCACGCUCUGACUCGAGCUCAAGCUCUUGUUCCUCCUCCUCUUCCUCCUCCUCCUCCAGCUCUGCAUCUCCCUCUCCAAAAAGACAAAAGCGCCGUCACAAGCGUUCAGAGAGCAGUUCAUGCUCGUCGUCCCUCUCUCGCUCUGCUUCCCGCUCGCCCCCUCGGCACUACAGGUUGUCUUGCUCCAGUUCAAGAUACAGCAGGUCUAGAUCCAGAUCGUGGUCCCGGUCCAGGUCUAGGUCCCCAUCCAGGUCACGAUCACCAUCCCCACAGAUUUGCCGUAGGCGGUUGGGAGACGUUUACAGAAGCAGAGAGUCAAGGAGGCUCAGGAGAGAGCACGAGAUCAGGAUCCAGAAACUUAAAGCCAUAGAUGAGCGCAGGGUGGUGUAUGUCGGCCGUAUCUGCAGGUCUAUGACACACAGCGAACUGAGGGAGCGCUUCUCUCAGUUUGGAGAAGUAGAGUGUGUGUCGCUUCACUUUAGAGAAAGAGGGGACCACUACGCCUUUGUCACAUUCUACAACAUGGAUGAUGCUUUUGCAGCCAUUGAUAAUGGUGGAAAACUAAGGAGGCCUGAUGAGCUGCCAUUUGACCUCUGCUUUGGGGGAAGAAGACAAUUCUGUAAUUCAAAUUAUGCUGACCUAGAUGCAAACAGAGAUGCAGAACCGUCUCCUGCCAAGAACAGGUUUGAGGACCUUGACUUUGAUCAGCUGCUCAAACAGGCGCAGAGAGGAUUAAAGAGGUAGCAGAGCUGUGUGGGAGAUCAAGAACACCAAGCUGAAUGUGGCACAGAUGAAAAGAGUCUUGUUUUUAUUUUGUUUUUCAUGAACCUCAGAGCCUUAUGCUCACACAUAUGUAGCAAGCAUUUGUAUGUUAGUAGUUUUUGCAUGUUUAACACUUUACAUGCAUGCAGUUUUUGAUGUGUACAGAUAAUAUGUACAAAUAAGUAGCACUGUUUAUUUGAAAUUGUGUAUUAGUGAAAUCCACUAAAGAUUGUUGUUGCAUUCCAUAACACUGAUAAAAUUUUAUAUAUUUGUAUAAAAAAAUAAAGGCUAUUAAUUGUG